AGGUAAGUCCAUAGGAGAAAGGAAGAAUAGCUGUCCUGUAGUAGAAGGGAUGCGGGUGGCGCUGUGAUCUAAACCACAGAGCCUAGGGCUUGCCGAUCAGAAGGUCGGCGGUUCCAAUCCCCGUGACGGGGUGAGCUCCCAUUGCUCGGUCCCUGCUCCUGCCAACCUAGCAGUUUGAAAGCAUGUCAAAAGUGCAAGUAGAUAAUAGGUGCCGCUCUGGCGGGAAGGUAAAUGGUGUUUCCGUGCGCUGCUCUGGUUCGCCAGAAGUGGCUUAGUCGUGCUGGCCAUAUGACCUGGAAGCUGUACGCCGGCUCCCUCGGCCAAUAAAGCGAGAUGAGUGACUUCCGGGGUGGCACCACCGGCAAUGGCGGACUCCCUCUGAACUGGAGGGACUAGCUCCGCGGAAAACGGGUCUUCUCCGCUACGGCGAAGCGGGGACCCACUUAAAAAUCACAGGCGGAUGAAGCCUGUGACCAUGGGACUCGGCGGGCACCUUUAGCGCCCCCCCCAACCCGCUAAGGAACCCACUAACGGGCUCCGAGUGAAGAGGGGGAAGUGGCGCGGUGCUGUGAGUCAACUGCUAUUUCCGUGGAGCGAAGCCGCAUAGCUGUUGCCGGAGAGCGCUGCCUUUUUCCUGGGACAAUUUGGACUUUAAAAUAAGCACCCGUGAGUACUUAGACUUUGAAUAAUCGGACAUCAAAUAAGGACUAGCGAGCAGGAAAGAGUUGGAUUUUAAAAAUUCUACUCUAAUUUGGUACGGAAUGGGAAGGUCUAAACAGGAAGUCAGCCUUCCGUUCUUUUGUAAACAGAAUAAAGCAAAGACAAUUUAAACUAGAGCUCAGAAAAUCAUUUUUAAAAGAUUGGAUUUCACCAUUUAAAAUUGUGGAACCCCCCUUUGACAGCAGGAGAAGGGGGGGGAUCUUUUUGGAUUGUUUAAAGUGACUUUAAAGUAAAGUAACUUUCCUCCGUCCUGAUCCUGGAGCGGGGUGUCAGGACUGACGUUUGAAGUUCAUUGACCAAAGACAAGUGUUUUUGACAGAUAGCUAAAAGAAGAGAAACAUAGUGACUCCACUGUUCCCUUUCGCAUUUUAAGGAAUAUAUAUGGACAAAGUAUCUUAAAAAAGGAAACUUUGUUGCAAGAACAAAUAGAAGUCUUCCCCUAGGGGAGUCUGUGAAACUGUAACUAACUCCAGGGAGCCGGCAGCUGUCACAGAUUACAACCGUGGGAACAGGCAUCUGACCUUGCAGGACAAUGUAUUCAGAAGCUUUGUUGUGUGCUCUCUAUAAAACAAAUGCCCUACUGGAACAAUUACACGAGAAGGUGAAUUGGAUGGCGACUUCGACUAGAAAUUUUGAACAGGCAGUGGGAAACUUUGAACAGACAGUGGGAAAAUAUGUGGAGCCCACUCAGGACUUAAAUCAGGAGUGUGUCUUGACAGAACAGGCCCAACAGGAAUAUGAUUUUUCGGAUUUGACAAAUGAACUUGGAAAAAGCCAGAUUUGGAAAGGAAAAGUUUGGCUUGGUUUGGAAAUGGGGGGCUGGAUUGACCCCCCCCUAUGCUGGGAUGUUUGGACUUUUCAAAUAAGGCAAUGGGCCGUGAGAUGUUUGGGACUGUGGGGGCUCUUAAUUUUGGAGGGUCUUUGAAACAUGCUUUUAAAUACUACAUGGAAUUCAGUGUUGAACAUGGAAAAGGGGCUGAUCCGUUGAGAAGGGUCAAAAACAUUGUCAAGCUGGAGUUACCACGAGCAGGAGACAAGGGAAAAUACAGUUACAAAUAUGAAGAAGAGCCGCGGAAGGGACAUGGAAGAGACUUGAGGACUUCGGAUAUAAGGUUGACAGGUUAAUGGGCCAGAUCGACGGGAAUAAGGACUGACAAAACCCGGAACCAGGAGGAAGGGACGUUGGAUGAAGAUUGGAUUUGUUUGUAUCUCUUUUCUCUACCAUUAGAACUGUUUUAUAAAAUUGAUGAAUGUUAGAAAAAUGUUGGAAUGAAAUUACUUGGCUUUAGCAAAGAUGUUUAAAGAAUUAUGAAAGAAUAUUAUGGUUAUGAGAAGUUGGUAAGGAUAAGAUUUAAGUUUUAAGCUUUAAGGUUUAUUUUAUUAUAGAAAGAUAAGAUCAAAACAGAUUAGGGUAAUGCAAUGACAGAAUAUUAUGAAAUAUGGAAAGGAUUUGCUGGGAUAAUUAAUAAAUAGGAUACAAAGAAAGGGAGGAGGAGGAGGUCUAAGAAAGAAGGCAAUGACAGUUAAGGAUCUGAAAAUAAUGAAUUUGUUUUUAAAUGUUUUUAAAGGUUUGUGAUGUAUUUUUGUAUUUUUCUUUUUUUUUCCCCUCUGUCACUUUUUCUUAUUUUGAAUUUUUUACUCAUAUGGUGGGAAGGGGUUUGUUUUUUUCUUCUUCUUCCUUUUCUACUUUGUCAACUAUUUUUAUUUUGUACUUUCUUCUGUUUCUAUUUUAUUUUUCUCCUUUUUGUAACAUUUUGAAAAUUUCAAUAAAUAUCUUUAAAAAAAAAAAAAGAGAUGAGCGCCGCAACCCCAGAGUCCUUUGCAACUGGACCUAACGGUCAGAGGUCCCUUUACCUUUACCUUUAGUGCAUCAUUAUCACCUGCCACAAAAAGACUAGAUUGGUUCUCAAAAUGUGAUUGGAGUAGAUGAGGGAGCCAUAGAAGAUAGCCAGGUUAUACUUUUGAUUCUGGCAGUUGGGAGAUUAUAAAAAGGGACUGUUUUGGGCAUGAAAACAUGAAACAAAUAUAUGUUUAUCUUGAAUGCUGUUGUGUCCUCAAAUUUUCGGUUACUAAAGGGAAUGUGCUAAACUUUAACACUAUGUAAUAUUUAUUAUUUAUUCAUUCAUUUGUUCAUUCAUUCCUUCAUAUUUAUAUACUGCUUGAUUGUAGAAAACCUCAGCGUCUCACAUUAUAUGAGCACUAUGGUAAGAGACUGGCAAUUGAUAACCUAUAACUUUAUAAAAAUGUCUGGAUUUAGAUAAUGACUGGUUCUUAGUUAAUGGCCAUUGUUACCUUUGACUAUAGAUUUAGUACAGAAAUACGAACACUUACCUAGGGCUUUUAAUCUCUCUGUCUCUCUCUCUCUCUCUCUCUCUCUCUCUCUCUCUCUAUUUUUUUUUUUUAGAACCCAAGCAGAAUUUACGGAACUUGAUCCUCCAAAUCCAGACAACAAUCACUGAUCCUGAGAAAGUUCAGGGAAGGCUUAAUAAAGAAGAUAAGGUAUAGUGGAGAAUGCACAAUAUUUAAAUACAACAAUUAUGGAUCAUAAAUAUGCAUUUUUGUGUGCUGUCCACCAUGUUUUGAGAUGUUCCAGUAGCAGUGAUACCCAGGUUUUGGUUUUCAUUGUUGGAGAGAGCAUUGGAGACCUAGAGUGUUUUUGUAAUAUUUCCUUACUUGCAACUUUGCAAGUAAAGCAGAGGCAAGCAACAUGUACAGUGGUACUUCGGGUUACAGAUGCUUCAGGUUACAGACUCCGCUAACCCAGAAAUAGUACCUCGGGUUAAGAACUUUGCUUCAGGAUGAGAACAGAAAUCGUGCUGCGGUGGCAGCAGGAGGCCCCAUUAGCUAAAGUGGUACCUCAGGUUAAGAACAGUUUCAGGUUAAGAACUGACCUCUGGAACGAAAUAAGUUCUUAACCUGAGGUACCACUGAACUACUACUGGGCAGCAGAUGCCAGUGCCUGAUUAGCUACAAUUGGUUGGUUAGUUUCCCAUAUGACACACUCACUUUCCCCCCUCUGUGCAGAAUAUUUCUCUGAAGGCCUGUCAAGCCAAGUCAGAUUGGCUUGAAAACACAAAAGAGGCUACUAUGCAAGAUUUUGUGGAGCAGAAACAGUUGCUGGAGGACAUUAUGCUUCCCAUCUUCACAAAGUUGGCUACGCCCCGUGAGUACCAGAUCCCCUACUAAAUGGAAAUAUUUUUCUUUGUAUUUUUAUUUCGAAGAAUCUUUCUUAUGAAGAUGUGCCGAUGUACUACUGGGUAUCUGCCUUGAAACCCUGCACAUUCCACACGAUGUGGAAUUAGGUUGUGUCUCCCCAUUAGUGAAAACUGUAAUACGAAUGGGAGUUCUGGCCAUCUGCAAGGUAUCUGAUUUGGCCACAAUGACACUAACAUUUGUUAUAUCCCAUUUGGAUUAUUGCAAUGUGCUCUACGAGGGUCUGCCUUUGAAAAGUGCUUAGAAACUUUGACUGGCUCAAAGAGCUGCAGCCAGAUUGCUGACUGGGGCUGGUUAUAGGGGGCAGACAACUCCCUUGAUAGAACAGCUCCAUUGGCUUCCAGUCUGUUUCCGGACACAAUUCAAAGUGCUGGUUAUGACCUAUAAUUACGAAAGGGCCUUCUCAGUGAUUGCUCCUGUACUUUGGAACUUCCUCCCUAGAGAAGCUAGACUGGCUCCCUCCAUGUUGUUCUUCCGCCAGCUGGUAAAUACUUUCUUGUUCCAGCAGGCUUUUGGAAACUGCUUUUAAUGAAAGGGCUGAUGUUGUGCUGUUUCUAUUGUUAAGUAUGUGUAUGCUUUGAACAGAUUUUAUAUAGGUAUAUCGUUUUAAUUUUAUAAUACAAUUGUAGAGUUG